AUGUCUCGAACAAUGCCCUCUGAUUCUGAGUCGCUAAGCCCGGGAAAGCCAGCAAACAAACGACAGAAGAUUGGCUCCAAUCAUGCCAGUUUCAUCGAUGAGGACAUCACGAUGGCCGAUGUUGAACCUACAAACACCUACGAACCGAAUAAGAACGCGCAUCUGAAAGGACGGAGGCGAUUCAACGCAGAUCUCGCCGACAUCGACCAGGCGGCCAAGGCGGGCCUCGUGUUGAACGGCCUGAAAGUAAAAAAGGUGCGAGCUGGUGACGACGAAGGAUCGAUUGAGGUGGUGAUAGAGAAGAGCUCGUCCGAACAUGUACUCUCGGUCAAUUUGCUGAUUUCGGACACGUCUGAAUACCCUGGAAGCCAUUCCGUAUUCUGCUAUUCCCCCGAUGGAGACCUCUCUGCCAAGCUGCAACGGAUUGUCGACGAGAUCGCAGAGGAGCCGCCCAGGUCGAUAGGGGCAACCGUGAAAACAUUGGUGGCGUCAGUAGCUCGAAUAGUCCUUUCAACGACACAGAAAGUUCAGGUUCGAGUAGAUGUUAGCGACGAGGAAUCGGAAGGUAGCGACGACUACGAUGCCUUUGAAGACUACGACGACAUUGGCACGGCGCCAGUGGAGGCAGACUCGGUCAUGGCGAAGCUCCAGCAAGAUUUUGUCGACAUAGUUGCAACUGAGUACAAACCCGGAUUUAUUCGCCUUAAUGGAAACGAUUUCGUUUUAUCUGUUUCGCUUCCCGCCAUCACACUAGCAAACUCCAUCCCUCCUCGCGCUUUGGUGGCCUGGGAUCGCCGCCUGUUGUCAUGUUCCCAGUAUCUCACUCUCCUGAUAUCGGGAUUCCGCGGGUUGUACCCAGUGCUGGAGAGUGAUGGGUCCUACACAGCGUCUGCACAGCGUUUGGCAACGACCUUGACUUUCAAAGUUGGCCUGAGCGAGAAAUACAAGCCCGGAAAAGACCAGGUUCAAGAAGUCGUCCGGAAACACGGACUUAUCAUCCAAGAUGCCGAAGAUGAGCUACGCAUCCAAGCUGAACUGGAAGCCGUGCAGAAAGCCAAACACUACGAUUGGGAAAACGAUUUCGCUGAGGACGAACCAAUGGUCGAAGUUGUCGAAGAAGUCGAAGUGGCCGACCCUGGCAGAUUUGAUAGAUUCAGCAUGAGUAGCUCACUUGAGUCGUUGAUGGACGCGUCUUUCCUCAAAUUGGUCCAACUCAGAAGAAAAUUCGGUCUAGGUUGGGCCGGCGCUGAGCUCCUCCAUGCAGAAACCGAAAAAUCACAGAUGAAAGAUCAGGACGUCUUGUCCUGGAAACACAAGGAGAUUUCCAACGCUGACCGAGAAGAGAGGGAGCUUUCCAGAACAACGAACCUCCCUCAUGACCCUCUUAUCGGCUUGGGAGCCGACCAACCUUUCAACUUACCACUCACGGCCUUCUGUUACCUAGUCCGUCGUCUUUCGCUCUGCCCUCGUUAUUGCAUCGUCUGCCAUAACAAACUCCAAACCGACUACGAGGCCUUAAAGCCUUACGUCUGCGAUUCGAAGUUGUGCUCUUACCAAUAUUAUACCUUGAACAGAGGUCCAUCCCUUGAGUAUGAGAUCAUUCACAAUCCCCAGACCGUUGAUCUUCUUGUUUCAUUGGCGUUUUGCUCGGCAUCUGAUGGCUCGAUGGAAGACCCGUUCCCUGUUGGCUUGGGUCUGCGCGUUCCUAUACCCUCAGCCAGCGCUGGUCAAUACUCUGCCCCUACGGGCGUUGGUUACCAAAAUCCACAACCAGUCGAACCCCAGAGGGUGAUAACGCCAGGGCCAGAUGGUCUCUGCGACUUCGAUGAGCUAUCGGCCCCGCAGAUGAGAAGUGUCAUAGCUAAACUUAUCAACAUGCUGCCAUCCAUUGACGAUAUGAAGAAGCAUUUAGAACGGAAGGUUAAAGCAGGGAAGUCAAAGCCGAAGCUCAGGGACAUUGACGUGAACAUUCUUCCUGCAGCUUGGUCUAUACUUCGAUGGUGUGUCGCGUCUUGUACGGCUCAUAUCGAAGCAAUUACCUCAAGCGAAGAUAUGAUCAAAAACUUGGACCCCACCUGGAGACAAUUUAGGAUGACUGUCGGUGCUCCAGACGCGGAAGCAAGGUUUAAGGCCGCACUUGAGCAGGCGAAGGAGGAAAGCACCAACGCGCAAAAGUACCCUGUGAUCUAUGCGUUCCAUGGUUCCCCGCUGAAGAACUGGCACUCGAUUAUUCGCCACGGUCUUUGGUAUAAAACGACGGUCCAUGGAAGAGCGUACGGACAUGGCGUUUACCUCGCUAAAGAUGCGCAGACUUCGAUGAGUUAUUACGCCCAGUCUGCGCGUUCGGCGUGGCAAAAGAGUCAAUCUGGUCCCACAAACUGCAUGGCUCUAGCGGAGGUCGUCAAUCUGCCCAACAAGUUUGUAAGCAACAAUCCACAUUAUGUAAUCAAAGAUACCCACUGGAUCAUGUGUCGAUAUCUUUUGGUGAAAGGGCUCGCCGAUGCCGAUGCCACAGCAACUCCCGAGGCGUCCAUUAUAAAUGGCCACGUGCAAACACCGUUUGUGAAGCUCGACCCUCAUCACAAAACUGCAGUCAACGGGAAGGCGAUCGAAAUCCCGGAUCCAGCUUUCAAAGUCGAGUCUUUACUCGCCGCCCGGCAUGCCGAUUAUGUUCAUCAAGAACCUGAUGAAGAGGAUCUGGAGAUAUUCUCACUCAAUCCGUCCAAACCAAACAAGUCUCUAGCCACUUCGGAGCCUGAUCAUUACGGCCUAGAUGACGAUAAUGACUAUCGCAUUCCGGCGACGUCUUCUAAACCGAAGCAAGUCGCUGUUACGAAACCGAAAGACGACUGGAAGCAUGAUGAAAAAUACGUUACGGAAACACUUGAGAACCUUAUGCUUCCUCCCUUCCAGUCUUCUCCGUCGGCGAGCAUGGCGAUUCAGCGAGAGCUUAAGUCCAUGCUUAAGGAACAGGAGAUGGCCCCCAGCCUUAGGGAUCUAGGUUGGUACAUGCCGCCUGACCUCAUUGGGGACAACCUCUAUCAGUGGAUUGUCGAAAUGCACUCUCUAGAUGCUACCCUCCCUAUCGCAAAGGAUUUGAAAAACAAGAAGGUCAAUUCGAUUAUUUUCGAGAUUAGGUUCCCCCCUACCUUCCCAAAUUCUCCUCCAUUUUUCCGUAUCAUUACACCAAGGUUCCUUCCUUUCAUCCAUGGAGGAGGUGGACAUGUAACUGGAGGUGGAUCUAUCUGUAUGGACCUCUUGACUAGCGACGGAUGGCUUCCCAGCUAUAGCAUCUCCGCGGUCCUUAUGCAAAUCCGGCUUGCCAUCUCGAACCUAGAACCUAGACCUGCUCGUCUCGCUUCUAAUUGGAAUAUUUCUUACGGCAUCGAGGAAUCUUUGGUAGGCUACAAGCGUGCCGCGGCUACUCACAAUUGGACCCUCCCACCUGGGUUGGAUCGUCUUGUUCGCUGA